CCUAGCCCGCGCCGGCCCGCCCGCCCGAGCCGCCCGCCCGCCCGCCGACCCGCCGGCCGCGCCCGCCGCCGCCAUGGGCUGUCUCGGAAACAGCAAGACCGAGGACCAGCGCAACGAGGAGAAGGCUCAGCGCGAGGCCAACAAGAAGAUCGAGAAACAGCUGCAGAAGGACAAGCAGGUCUACCGGGCCACCCACCGCCUGCUGCUGCUGGGUGCGGGAGAGUCUGGUAAAAGCACCAUUGUCAAGCAAAUGAGGAUUCUGCAUGUUAAUGGGUUUAAUGGAGAGGGCGGCGAAGAGGACCCGCAGGCUGCCAGGAGCAACAGCGAAGGUAGUGAGAAGGCCACCAAGGUGCAGGACAUCAAAAACAACCUGAAGGAGGCCAUUGAAACCAUUGUGGCCGCCAUGAGCAACCUGGUGCCGCCCGUGGAGCUGGCCAACCCUGAGAACCAGUUCCGCGUGGACUACAUUCUGAGUGUGAUGAACAAGCCUGACUUUGAUUUCCCUCCCGAAUUCUACGAGCACGCCAAGGCUCUGUGGGAGGACGAGGGCGUCCGCGCCUGCUAUGAGCGCUCCAACGAGUACCAGCUGAUUGACUGUGCCCAGUACUUCCUGGACAAGAUUGAUGUCAUCAAGCAGGACGACUAUGUCCCCAGCGACCAGGACCUGCUUCGCUGCCGUGUCCUGACUUCUGGAAUCUUUGAGACCAAGUUCCAGGUGGACAAAGUCAACUUCCACAUGUUUGACGUUGGUGGCCAGCGCGAUGAACGCCGCAAGUGGAUCCAGUGCUUCAAUGAUGUGACUGCCAUCAUCUUCGUGGUGGCCAGCAGCAGCUACAACAUGGUCAUUCGUGAGGACAACCAGACCAACCGUCUGCAGGAGGCUCUGAACCUCUUCAAGAGCAUCUGGAACAACAGAUGGCUGCGCACCAUCUCUGUGAUUCUGUUCCUCAACAAGCAAGACCUGCUUGCUGAGAAAGUCCUCGCUGGAAAAUCCAAGAUUGAGGACUACUUUCCAGAAUUUGCUCGCUACACUACUCCUGAGGAUGCUACUCCCGAGCCUGGCGAGGACCCCCGCGUGACCCGGGCCAAGUACUUCAUCCGCGAUGAGUUCCUGAGAAUCAGCACUGCGAGUGGAGAUGGGCGCCACUACUGCUACCCCCACUUCACCUGCGCCGUGGACACCGAGAACAUCCGCCGCGUGUUCAACGACUGCCGCGACAUCAUCCAGCGCAUGCACCUCCGCCAGUACGAGCUGCUCUAAGAGGGGAACCCGACUUAAUUACAGCCUUAAGCACAAUUAAUUAACAUGAAAUACACGCAGUUAAUCACCCACCAUAGGGCAUGAUUAACAAAGCAACCUUCCCUUUUCCCCUUGAGUGAUUACAAACCCCUCUUCCCUUUCAGCUUGCUUAAAUAUUCCAAAUUUAGAAAGCUUAAGGCGGCCUUCAGAUAAAGAUAAAUAAAAAAAAAAAAGGCCAAAACAGUUCCCUCUCUCUUUAA